AUGAUCACCAUCUUGUGCGCAGCAUGUGGAUACCUUAUUAUUAUAUUUAUAUCCUCCCGACCUCGUGCCGUGUACCUAGUUGACUAUGCCUGUUACAAGCCCCCUGUGAACCACCGUGUGCCCUUCGCCACCUUCAUUGAGCACUCCCAUCUGCUCUUCCUCACACACCCUAAGACUAUGUAUUUUCAGAAACAAAUCCUGGAACGCUCUGGCUUGGGGGAGCGCACUUGCGUCCCACCCGCUAUACAUUACAUCCCCCCUACUCCCACCUUGAAGUUGGCCUGGGAAGAGGCUCGAACCGUCAUCUUCUCAGUUAUGGAUCAUCUUUUGGCUAAGACUCACCUCAAUCCCAAACACAUCGAUAUUCUCAUCGUCAACUGCAGCAUGUUCUCCCCCACUCCUUCCCUCUCUGCCAUGAUCAUUAACAAAUACAAGCUGAGGAGUAACGUGAAGAGCUUUAAUCUGUCGGGGAUGGGUUGUAGUGCGGGUGUAAUUGCCAUAGAUUUGGCCCGAGAUUUGCUUCAAACCCACCGCAACUCAAAUGCAAUGAUUGUUAGCACCGAGAUUAUCACUCUUAAUUCGUAUCUGGGGAAGGAGAGAUCAAUGCUUCUUCCUAAUUGCCUAUUUAGAACGGGAGGAGCGGCGCUUCUAUUGUCGAACCGGGGGGUGGAUGGAGGGCGGGCAAAGUACCGACUGCUCCACGUUGUGAGGACACAUAUGGGGAACAAAGACAAGUCAUACAAAUGUGUGUUCCAGGAGGAAGAUGGAGAGGGGUUUGUGGGGAUAAACUUGUGUAUAAACCUGAUGGAAGUGGCGGGGGAGGCAUUGAAGGCGAAUAUAACAAGCAUAGGUCCUCUUGUGCUACCGGUAUCGGAACUAGUGAAGUUCCUGGUGGGGGUUGUGAGGCGCAAACUCAGUAAAUCCAAAUCCAAAUUCUCUUCUUAUAAUAAUAAUUAUGUUCCAGACUUCAAACGGGCUUUCGAACACUUCUGCAUCCACGCUGGAGGACGUGCUGUGAUAGACGAAUUGCAGAAGAAAUUGAAGCUGUCAGAUGAGGAUGCGGAGGCGUCUCGGAUGACGCUGCACCGAUUUGGGAACACGUCUUCAUCCUCACUGUGGUAUGAGAUGAGUUACAUUGAAGCUAAGGGGAGAAUGAAGAGAGGGGAUAGAGUGUGGCAGAUUGCGUUCGGGAGUGGAUUCAAGUGUAACAGUGCAGUUUGGAAAUGUAAUAGGAGCAUUCAGCCUCCAGUGCUGGACACUCCCUGGGCUGACUGCAUUCAUCAAUAUCCAGUUUACAUUCCAGAUAUCCUCAAGAUUUAG